AUGGAGGACAGGAAGAGACCCGCGUCUGGCGCGGUCGAUGACUACGCUCCGCCGAGCAAACGACAAGCUGUCAACGGUGGCGGCAAGUCGAAAGACGACUCUGCCGACAUGAAGGAAGAGGCCUGGAUCGAGGAAUACCAAAAGGGCGCUAUAUAUCGCCAAAUGCUCGAGUACAAGAGGGAAAAGAUAAAUCUGGAAAGUCGCGUCCAAGAGCUGGAGAAAAGUUCGACAGAUCAUGACGACCAUAUCCGGAUAAUCGACGCAUGGGUGCUCCAGCUACUGCAAGAAAUCGAGGCGUUGGUGGAUGGCGCAAUAUCAUCUCGCAGUCCAGCAGAUUUAGCACCAGGGUCCGCCCUUUCCUUCAAGGACAGUAAAGAAUUCCAAAGGCAUCUCAACGACAAAGGGAAGACCUUCAGGUCCAAGACCGACGCCAUACUGCAGCGCCUGGCUGGCGCGCGAGGUGAGGUCAAGCCGGAAGUAACGCAGCUCGAAUCCCAGAUCAACUCUUUACUGGCGCGGCAGAAAGAAUUGAUUGUCAAAGUCGAUCGACUGGAGGCACAAAAUGCGUCACUCUCGGAACAAUACGACAAGGCCACUCUGAAGGUCAUCAAGGCGGAACGGAAGCUAGACCGAACGAAGAGCGCGCAAGUACAAAAACUCGAGCAGCAAGCCUUGGCUAGCGCCACGGCUCAUCCGGCCACGAAGGACGAAAACGGCGCCAAUUCCGGCACCGCGAACGGAGAUAGCGGAGCGCUCAAGCUGCAGUAUCAAGAAGCAAUGGCCGUGAUGGCUAAGCAGAAGCAGCAGCUCGAAGCCGCGUUAUCCGAGAAUAAGGCCCUGACUGACGAAAAUUCGACUUUUAAGAUCAAGAAGGAAGCCGUCACCGACGAGGAGUACGCCCGGACAGAGGUUUUCAAACAUUUCAAGGGACAAAACGAAGACCUCAUCAAGCGCAUAAACCACCUGGAGGCGACGAAUAAGCACUUGCGGGAAGAAGCGGAGAAGCUACGCGGGGAAAGAACCGAAUGGAAAUCCAAGCUAGAAACCGAGGCCCAGGCCGCCACGCUGGAAGUGGAAGAUCAGCUCCAGCAGAAAGACCAGGACCUCACCCGCAUCCGCUCCGCCCGCGACGAACUCCUGGCAGAGGUCGCGAUGCGCAAAGCCAGCCAAGACCAGGAGAAGACGGCUCUGACCCAGAUCAAGGAGCUCGCGGAGGCCCAGGUAGACCGCAUUGCCGAGCUCGAGUCGGAACUCGAACGAUUACGACCAACCGAGGACACGGCCAUGUCGGACCCACGCCCGGACCUCGAGGCUCUGGCUGUUGAGGACCUGCGGCAAAGAUAUGUGAAACUGGAGAAGGACUUCGAGGCGAUCAACAAGGAAUUACCACUCCUGGAGAAGUCGUAUAAAAAGUCGAUGGCGCUGGCGCACAAGAAAGUCAUGGACUUUCAGCACCUUGAGGACCGAGUUGCGACGCUCACGGCCGAGAAGAGCAAAGCGGACCAGAAAUACUUUGCUGCGCGAAAGGACAUGGACAUCCGAACCGCCGAGAUCCGGACACUUCGAGCGCAAAACGGGAAGAGCUCCGAAAUCAUUUCCCAGCUCAAAGACGUUGAGAUGCAAAACAGGGCUCUUAUUGGCAGCCUCGAAAAGCAGAUCGCAGCGUUAAAGCAGGACAUCUCGACGGCUAUGGCGGAGCGGAAGAAGCUAGAACAGCUGAGUACUGAGGCGACACGAAGGGCGGACUCGUGCAAGUCUCAGAUAUCCAAUCUCGCUGAUCUCGUGAAAGCGAAGGACGCCGCGGUUGCCGCCAUGAAAGAGCAGCUCCUGAAGGCCGAGACCGAGCUGGAGAAGACCAAGGUUGACGUCAAGGAGAUCGCCAAGGAUUGCAACAAGUGGAAGCUCAAGUGCCAGAGCAAUUCAUCAGAGGAGGAAGAAGCGCUGAGGGCAUGGCGGCGAGCAGAGCACAAGUCCCACCGAGGCGCAAACGCGCCCAAGGACGACACGACGACACAGCCCCGCCGUUUCCGCCCCACGGGCCACGGCGGUGUGGGCGGACAAACGCGGCGCCGAGCGCAGGAUUGA